GGAUUCUUCUGACGUCACGAUCCAUCCCAGCAUUCCAGGGGUUUUCACUGCCUUAGCAACGGCGGAGUGAGACCGAGGCGCGGCCGGGUGAGAGGUCAGCGGAGAGCUUCGAACCCAGGGGAACCGAAAGGGUGGUGCGUACGGCGACUCGAGCAAAUAGUGAGGGAACAGGUAGAGAUUAUUCACAGAAGACUCAAAAUUAAGUGAACUGGCAUUCGGCAGUUGUAAGUUUUUCUUAGAUUGUUCAACACAUUGCUCAGACAGACAUUGCAGCUCUACUGCACCAAAAGGCUGGACCUCACCAAAGAUGUCUGCAAAAACAACCAGCACAAAUAACAUAGCACAGGCACGAAGAACUGUACAGCAACUCAAAGUGGAGGCCUCCAUAGAAAGAGUAAAGGUUUCAAAAGCAUCAGCCGAUCUCAUGCGUUACUGUGACGAACAUGCCAAGAAUGACCCUUUGCUCAUGGGAAUCCCUGCAUCAGAAAACCCCUUCAAGGAUAAAAAGCCUUGCAUUAUAUUGUAGUGUAAUAGUUACUAGUGAACAUCAUAUUUUUUUUUUAAAUUUUGUCUCUUUCCAACACCAGAUCCUAUCUGUUUUCCACUUGAGAAAAAGUGGGUAAAAAAUUCUAUACCAAUGAUUCUUUUAUAUAUUUCCCCUUUAUAGCUUUCUUACUCAUGGGAUCAGUUUGUUUUUUAACCAAAUGUUAUGGUCUGAACAGAUAUUAAGGAGUGAAGUGGAUACAUAUUUAUUUGUCUGCAUUUUAAUGUGCAGUGUCUACUUGUCCAUUUUCAACAUUGCUAGAAAAAUUGAAGUAAGACCAACGUUGCCUCAACUUGCUGCACAGAGUUUAUCAUUGCAGGCAAGGAAUGAUGGAGGUUUACUAUGAGCUGCCAUUCAUACUGAACCCCCUUCUGCAGAUUCAACCCAAAUGUCAAAUGGGCAAGCCUCAGCCAUCUACAGUUAACAUCCUCAUUCCUCUUUCUAAGCCUUUGAACCUGGCACACUAUGGGCUGCUUCUCAGGAUCUUUCAAAAGCCAAAUUGUAUCUGUACCAGUUUAAUGAAUGUGAAAGCAACAUUUUUCAGCAGACAUUUCUGUUGUAUUGAUGUUGGGUUUAUAAUUUAGGACCCGUAAUGUGUAAUAUUUGUAAUUAUUUUCCAUAUUUUUGCUUAUGUCGUGGGGUAGGAAGUAUGUUUUUACAUGGAGCUGCUGGAAGCGGAAGGCACACAUUUUUACAGACAUGGAUAUGGGUGAACUAAAAAACUUGUGUUGCUCCAGUUCUGAGCUUUAUGGGGGCUGGAUUACCAUCAACUGGGUUUGUGCUUUAAAUGCCUAGGGUUAAGUUCCGGAACAAGCAGUUCUUAAAUGGGACCACACAUACAGAACAUUAUAGGAGCCACACAAGGCCCUGUAGCAAGUUAUCUGUCAUUUUAAUCAAAGUAACGGCCUAAAUCAAGCUAGCAACUUCACCAGGGAAUUAUUGAGUGUGCUAGUAUUUUUUUUAUAUAUUCAUUUUGACCAAGUUGAUUGAAUGAACAUGUAUACUCUAAAUUCAUAUUUUUCUACAAUGCCAAUAUGCCGUACUUGAAGGGUAGUUAGAGACCAAGUGUUGGGUUUACCCUUGAUAGGAAACCUAGAUAUCAUGUAUGUGGCUGGACCACCCUGUAUUUAAGCAGGGGAUGAAUUUGUUAAUCUGGCCGAGAUUGCAGCCUAAAAUGCACAAACCCUUCUACUUCAGUUAACAAUCUUUUCCUAAUGAUGAUUUUACAUGAUACAAUAUCAUACAUAAAGAGGAUGCUGUAUUACUGAUUGCAUUUAUAUUAAAGCAUAAUUUAUAGUUUUUAGUUUGUACAGAAUAAGCUUCUAAGAUAUGUAAUACUGACUCAAAGACAAGCUUGACUUGACCAAAAAAGUAAGGAACAUUAUAAAAUCUGCCACUUAAGAAAAGGGGAAGGUUUAUCAAAAUGCUACAUUUAUAUGAUAAUAAUAAUUAAUUAUGUACUUUGGAUAAUGUUUUUUUUCUAUUUCUUGUAAAAAAGUUGGCGAACACUAUGUAUUAGAGAAAAUAGGAGGCAUAUCUCAAUGUACAAAAAGGAGUUGGGUGCCAUAUAAGUAGUAAUGAUAUAUGGUACACUUCUCUUACUUUCCCCAGGCCCUGGGUAGACACUUAUCGGCUCACUGUGCUUGAACUUUGUGUACAAGGCAUUAGCCUGCAAGUUAUACAAGCUUGGGAAAAGUUUGCAAGCAUUGCCAAAACAAUGCUGGCUGAAGGCCAAUAAAGAUGACCAGCCACCAGCAGCCUUGCAUCGGCUUGCCACUUGUACCAACAUUAUUGAAUUUUAGGAGGAUGGUCCGUUGUGUCUGAUGGCCAGGCACCUCAGGCAAUAUCUGUUAGAAGAUGUUUGGGGCAACAUUGCUCAUGGUUGAUUGCUGGGCUGCUAAGAUUUGAUUUACAUAAUGGUGGCUAAUGAAGUAGACAACUGGUGCUUAGAUCUUCGUUUUAAGCAUCCAUGGGUUAAAUGAGGGUUUUGUUGCAAGGUGUAGUUCAGUUUAGAAAUCCUUUGAGAAACAUUCCAGUUACAGUGCUGCAAUAAGAUGUUACAUGCUUGAUUAUUUUAUCUACAAGGGAACACCAGCUCAGCCAUUUUACCCAGUACAAUAUAUAUACAGCCUCCUGAAUUCUCUGAUGCCCUUGUAAUUGGCUUUAAAAAUAAAUAUUAGGCUGAAAUAAGUAGAGGGGUGGGGAAAGAAGUAUUAAACAUAAUGAUGGUCUUUUAAGUAAGGAAUACUGAUAAGCUGUGGGCAUAAACUUUCACUAAACUUAAUGUCUGGUCCAUAAGAAAGAAAAACUUUGCCACCAAAGAUUUGUUUUUUUUUACCUUUUUUUGUGUACCACUUAAUUAUUAACACUGAGAUUGAAUAAAAUAUCUAAUUUAGAUGUAGGUUCACAUUGAGCUAUGCCAGGAAAACUGCUAUUCCCAGAAAAGCAACAGUCUAAAUUAUCUUUAGAAACCAUUGUAUAUGGCACCCUUGUGGGGCUUCCAGACUAUCUAAAAUCAUUUUUGUAUUCACACCUCUUUUCAAUGCCAAGUAAUAGAUAUAAAGAUAGAAUUUCUGCUAAUUAUUGUUUGUUUGUUUGUGACAAAAAGAUGGUGGAUUAUCUAGAUUGUAGUGGGAACUGUGUCCUUAUGAGUCUCUUAGGUUUCUUGUUUCCUAUUAGCUACUGUAUGUGCAGUAAUGGUCAGCAGGAAAUACCAUUGUGAUAUUGCGUUAAUAAGUAUUUUUAUAAAAGGCAAAGAUUGCACUUUUACUAUUGCCAGUGUGUGCUUAAUUAUUGAACCAUAAGCCAGCCAAGUAAACACUAAUUUUAUGAUGCUUUGGCAAUAAAUUCUCUUUUCUAAAACUGUUACAAAUCUAGCCUGAACAGCGGUGCUCUGACACAAUGCCAUAUAUAUUUUAAGUGUUUCCUAAAAUGUGUCUAAGGCUUAUUUUUAGAUUUAUUUUUCCUAUAUAAAUGAAUUCUAUAUCCUUAUUUGUGCGUGUUCACUAAAUGAGAAUAAUUAUAUUUUAUUAAGGUACAAAAUCAAGGUAGGGGGUUGUAAUAUUUCACUCCACUAUAUGGUGUUUAGACUCUGGGGGCUAGAGAGAAGUAGCAGAAAUCUCUCUGGCAGGAAGAGUCACCAUUUUGCUUAUAUUUAGCAAGUUGCUUAAAUGGGAAGAAGGGGUUUGUUUUUUUUUUUUUUUUUAGAUUACGCUCUUCAUGUGCCAUAGUGGUUACUGCUGUGUAUGGUUUUUACCUGGUCUUGAGGGAUUCAACCAGCUAUAUACAGCAGUGACAGGUUAAUGUAUUCUAUAUGGAUGUAUAUUCAGUGAGCUUUAAUUUUAGUUACAGUAUGUAACUGGAUACAAGCAUGUCUCUGUGAUUUUGUAUUGGCUACCAAUGUAUAACUAACAUUUUAGGGGGGGGAUUUAUAGGUUUUUAAAAUAAAAAUAAAUCCUGUACAGCAGUUAAACCAAUGUCUGGUGCUCCAUUCGUAUGCUGGCAUUUGCACCCUAUCUAUAUAAUGGGGUCAGGCCUACAAGUAUUUAUUUUUAAAAUAUAUUUGACACCACUGUAGGAAACAAUUGUUCGAGACCAGACCGGCCUUUGUUUUAUUAUUACUUGGCAACAAGUUUAUAGUGUCGCUUCCACUGACACAAUUGCUUUUACCAUGGUCUGCAGAUAUAUCCAUGGUACAAAGGUAAGAUUCAUCAACAGUGCAGCAACAGUCGCACUACAGGUAGACAUACACAUCCUGAUAAAAGUGGUAUGGGGCCCUUAUACACAGCCAAUCAGCCAAAUGUCAGUCGGGCAGGUUUAAAAACCCCAUUAGGGCCAGGAACAUGUCGGCGCAUUGAUGUGCUCCUCAUCCCAGUGACCUGCAUCCCGUCAAUGUGAUCUGACUGUUUGGCCCAUCAAUCCAGUAUCACCCAUCUCAAGGUGGACUCAUCGGUGAAAGAUCCGGUGGUUUGGCGAAGUUGCCAGAUGAGCAGGUCUUUAAGUGUAUGGCCACCUUAACUAAUAACACUGGCCAGGGGGCUGCAGGAAAUUGAGAAUUCUGAUUAUAGAAAGGUGAGAUAAUCACUUAAGGUGUUUGUGAUUUGCGAGUAGUUACUAUACUCAGUGUAGCUGUAAACAUCAUGUAAAUCUUCCUGUUAAUAUAAAGGACCAUUAUUGGUGUAGACAAGUUUGUUUUGAAAAAUUAUUUUUUAAAAAGUGUCUGUUUGCUUAACACCUGCAUAUAUGCAACGUCAUAUUUUAUAUGAGAGAAGUCUUUAAUCUGUAGUCUUAUAAAUCCACAAAUGACGUUUGACCACUGUUCAUAUUCCUGUGUAAGAACUAAAAUGAUUGUAUUCUACAGAGCUUGUCUAUUAGCUGCUGUAUAACCAAAUGCUCUAUGGCCAAAUGUCAGCUUCGGUGCUCAUGGCUACAUAGAAGUCUAUAUAAAUUGAUAGCAACAUACCUUUCCUUUUUUGUAAUUAUAUUUAUAUGCUUACUAAACUUUCUUUAGUUUUGGGGGUUAUGGAUUCUUAACAUUACAGCAACUGAGAAACUCUAAAAGGUAGUUUAAAAAUCUGAAUUGGGUGUCCAGGAUUUCUGAUUUGUCAAAUUAAACUACUGCCACUACAGCUUACACCCUUAUGUGUGACUCUGUCUCUUUAUUCUGUACUCAGACUGGGACCGUUCUCUGUGCUGUCCUGCCUUGCUAGAGAAUCUUACAGAGUAAAAUGUAUUCCAGAUUUGCUGACACGCUGGUUGCAAAUGGGGCAGAAAUACCAAAUCAUAUUUGCUGUAUAAAAAUAAAUUACAUUUUACCCAUGGUAGAUGGUGAAUAACUACAGUGCUCAUUUAAUAAUAAUACAUUGGGCAAAUAAAAAUGUCUAUAAACAGUAUUUUUUCACCUCUUGUUCUUGUGCCACGAUGGUGCGAGUGGCCUAGGAAUUAGGAAUAAAUGCCAUGUAACAUUAAUGGGCUAUUAGUAGAUUUGGGCAGAGAGCAUGUUUGUGUAUACACACAGUGUACUACCAAAGUUUCUCAUGGUUUUUGUUUUUUCUUAUUGUUUUGAUUAUUUUUCCAUCUAUAAAGAAAUUGCUUUGAAAAAUACUGCUUUAAAAAUGUGCCAAAUGUAUGGUACCCUUCUUUAAUGCUAAAUCCUUUUAGGAAGAACUAGUGUAAUGUCACGUGGAGCAUGUUCUGCACUUUGUCUCUAACAUCUAAGGCUGUCCAACUUAUUACAAGUAACGGGCCAGUUAUAUCUCAUAUAGCAUGCUGGAGGGCUGGAUUCAAUUAAAAUGAUGUCCUAUAGUAAAGUCUAUGCAGCCUCUGAGUAGACUGGGGGCCACAAAAAUUCUUUGGAGGGCCACAUCCGGCCCGUGGACCUCCAGUUGAACAGCCCUGAUCUAAGGGGUUACUUGCAAAGAUUCUCCUGCAAAAACUUACAGAAAGCAAUAGAAAUCAUCCAUAGAAAGGAUGUGGGACAGUUUGUUUCUGAGGUUGUGAAACUGUAGAGAAAUGCUUACCAGUCUGCCCCCAUGGAGUUUCCCCUUAUCGUGUAGUAGAAUGUACUCUGAGCCAUAGUCUAUGGAAUGAAGUACUGUUAAGGAAUUUUAUACUGUUAAACAUGUCAUUCCAUGUUGCUCACAGACAUUACAUCAACAUGCCAAUCAGUGUAUAUAGAGAUGUAAGGGACAAUGGGUGAUUCUGUGUAAAGUGUUUUCCUACUAUGAUGGAGUGUCGAUAAAUGGGCUAUUUUUAUCAAUGUAAUUACUAAGGAUACAACAAACAAGCCAUUUCCUUACUGGGUGGUGAGUGUCAGAUUACCAGUAGCCUAGUCCUUUUACAUUUUAUAGUGUUCCAUGCAUAUGUACAAAUAAAAGAAAAAACUAAACCUUGAUUUAGUAAAAGUGUUGAAUGUGAUUUUUUUUUUCAUUUGGAAUGUUAAUUGUUGGUUGUAUGUAAUUUUCCUGUACUGGAUUUAUAAACAAAUGUCAAGCUUCUAUUGGCAGUUUCUUCCUCAUGUUGCAGGCCGGCGGGCAAGGGAGCGAUUGCCUCGCCCCACAAGGAACCCACGUGCUACUCUGCAUGACUUUUAGCAAAUCAUCUGGGAUCAUUUAACCAAAAUACUGUAUGCUGAUCAGAAAACAUUGUUUUCUCUGUAAUUCUGCAGCUAUUUUUGUAAACUAUAUUAUUCUAAAAUUAAAAUUUCACAAAGACAAACAUUUUCAAAAAUGUUUUUUUUUUUUGCUUUUUGUUCCCCAUGGGCGUGUGGCAAGUGCUUGCAGUUGAAAUAGUUCCUAGUAAUGGUUAAGAAGCCCACUGGAGAUGCUGAAUACCUGAAUUAAACGUGUUUUUCUGUUGACUUUAACCUCUUCAAGACUGCAGGGAUCUCAUCCUGUUGUUAAGCCAACAGCUGCGCAAUCCUGAGUGCGGUAACAUUUCUGGGCGUCGAAGCUUCGUUCAGUUUAAAAUCAGAGUGUGUAGAUUUAUUUUUUUUUCUCUUUGAAAUAUUUUUUGGGCCUCAAGCAACUUUCUAGCAUUGUAGCUGCAGACUACCCCGUGAAUCUGUUAAUAUCUACCCAUAUGAAUAUGUUGCUGUUGUAGCCAUUUCUUUUCUGUGUGUGUUUUGUUGGAGAUCUACCAACAACAAUGUGCAAAGCUAUUGACUAAAUAGACUUUACAGGGAAUAGAAUAAAGUGGUUUAUCCCUGCUCUA